UACAGUCAAAGCUUCCGUUUCCGGGAGCCUGUCGCCGCAGCAUCAACAUCUUUGCACAUUCAGUGCAAACAAGCAUUAAAACAACGUUUUAAAAACCGAGGAACGAGGAUGUCGGGACAGAAACGUCCCCGAGAAGGAGAGGACGGGAGCCCCGGAGUCAGCGCUGCUGGGUCCACUGCAGUGGAGACCGUGAUCAAACUGGGAGGAGUGUCCAACUCGGAGGAACAGGACAUCAAAGCUCUCCAGGCAAAGAACCGAAAACUGGGGGAGUCUCUGGACCAGAGACAGGUUAUUGAGGAUGAAUUACGAGAGCGCAUCGAGAGAUUGGAGACCCGCCAGGCAACUGACGAUGCAAGCCUUUUGAUACUAAAUCGAUACUGGAAUCAGUUGGAUGAAAACAUUCGGCUUAUCACCAGGCGAUACGAUCAGUCAAACACAGAACCAGAGAAAUCUCCAGGAUCUGAAGGACGAACUUUGAAACCUGAAACUCCUGAACCUGAUGGAGACUCAAAUCAGGAAAGGGCCAAGGACAGAGGUCACCAGGGAGAGACGACAAACUCCUUCCUGGCAACACUUGCUAGCAGCAGCAGUGAAGAAAUGGAGGCUGAACUGCAGGAAAGGCUGGAGUCAACUCAGAAGUUGGCAAACCAUGUUGUGGAGAUUUAUGAAGCUCUCAAGAACACUUUGGACCAAAUGCAAACUGAAAUGAAUUCUGGAGCAGAGGGCAGUUUGUGGCAGGUUGCCUCCAAACUAAACUCACUCUUAACCAGUGAAAAUGAGCGUCUUCAGCAGCUGACUGAAGAACUGAAGCAGAAACACAGUCAAAUGACUAGUGAGUCCCGGUCUUUGGGUCGUGCUGCUAACAAAGCAGACCAGCGCGUUGGUGAGUUGCAGACUUUAAUUGAGGAGCUUCAAUGGGACAUGGAAAAGAUUCGGCGCAGAGAGAACAGGCUGAAUGCCCAUCUCAGUGAAAUACAGGAGAGGGUGAACAGCAAAGGUUAUAAGGUGUGUGGGGAGGCCAGUAGUGUUUGUGGAACCAUCACCAUCAAUAAGAGAAAAUUUGAAGAAAUGAACAGUGAGUUGGAGGAGAACCGCGAACUGGCUGAUAAUCGUCUCACUGAGCUUCAAAAGCUUCAACAAGACCUUGAGAAUGUUCUCCAAGAAAACACAAACAUGAAGGCUGAGCUGUUAACUAGAGCAGAAGGGGUGGUUAAGGAGUCCUCUGAAUAUCGCUGUUUACAGUCCCAAUUCUCUGUCCUUUAUAACGAAUCCCUGACCCUCAAAGCUCAGCUAGACGAGACCAGAGCCAGACUGAACACGACCAGGACUGCACGACUUCGCCAACUGGAACACAUGGAGAAUGAUGAAGUCACUUUGCAAAGAAAAGUCCGCACAGAAGUUUUCCAACUCGAAGAUACUUUGGCUCAAGUCAGAAAAGAGUAUGAAAUGUUGAGAAUAGAAUUUGAGCAGACACUUGCUGCAAAUGAACAAGCAGGACCGAUCAACAGAGAAAUGCGUCAUCUGAUCAGCACGCUCCAAACGCACAAUCAGCAAAUGAAAGGGGAGGUGGUGAAAUAUAAACUAAGACUGAGAGAGUCACAGGCGGAGCUCAGCCAGGUUCGAACAUCUAAAGGUAGCAGCAUUCUUCAGUCCCAAUCCAGCACAGAGAUGGAGGUGAAAGAGGAGACGACUUCCCCUAUGACACCUGCUGUUUCUGGGGAACCUGUGGUUAAGAGUGAGCCCGACAAUGGCUCCUCUACUCCAAGCAGCACAGGUGCCUCGGCGAAAAUGGAGCCUGUAGCAGAGCCUGAGGUGACUGUUAAGGAGGAGGAGAAAGAGGAGAAGAAAGAAAGGGAAGAAAAGAAAGAUAUUGUGAAGAAAGAGGAAAAGGAGCGAGAGAAGGACAGAGAGCGCCCGACGCGCAGCAGCGGGGGCAGUGCAAUCAAAGAAGAGAAAGACAAACCUGGAAGCAGCAGCAGUCAGCCUGAAGAGUCAGAGCGCACGGCCGCAAUUGGAGGCUCCAAGAAGAAAGAGAUGGAGCAGCUCAAAAUUGUUAGAGCAGAGCUGAAAAAAGCCCAAGAGUCUCAGAGGGAAAUGAAGCUCUUGUUGGACAUGUACCGCUCUGCCCCAAAGGAACAAAGAGACAAGGUUCAGCUGAUGGCCGCUGAGAAGAAGACCAAAUCAGAGGUAAGUGGUAGCUCUUAA